CAAGCCUUUCUUUGUAGUCUGGUUAAAGGAGGCGUGGAAAUGAGGUUAUCCUGUAAACGGUAAAGUUUCAGGUAAACUUCAGGUAAACAGUCAGUGUUUCUCAUCACAAUCAACAGGUAACAAGUAGUUGUGUUUACAUGUUAACGAUUGUGUACCAAUCGCCACGAUAAUCACCCUCGUAAUUUGAACAGAAAUGACGAAAUUCAAUAAUCCCUGAGAAUUUGAGUUCCUUGUAUCGCCUAUGAAUUGACCGUUUCCAUAUUCUUACAAUAUAACAUAAUGAGAGUCCAGAGAAAAUAAUUUCUACCAUGUGAACUUUGUGUUGUUACCUUUACUUUAUUACUUUCCCAAAACUGACCAGGAUGACCAUUGACUUUUAAUUGUGUCCAAUUCUGAUUUAUAUAUAUAAUCUUUUUCGUGAAAGUUUCCUCGUUUUCUUGUUUGUAAAAACUUUAAUCACAUAUAAACAAUUUUGCGAAAAGUUUAAACGUACAAAAUAAAAUGAAAUGGACUUUGGUUAAAUUGUGUCUAUUCACUUGGGUAAUUAAAUUAACUGUUCGUGUGUCCAUUACAUGGCCACUUCCCUCAUUGCCCCUUCAUCAUGUUCAUCCAUAUCCAAUAUCAUGGCCAUCAUCAUCAUCUUCAGAAUCACAUUCACCUCAUCAUCCAUUCAGUAGGAUGUCCCCUGGACUCGCCGCUGUAGCAUCAUCAGUUGAUCAUCCUCUUCAUCAUCAUUCCCAUCAUCCUGAUCCAACCUCUGAACCUUUACCUUCAGGUUUAUUUAUUCCCGCUGAUCAGGUUCACAUUUAUGAUUUUGUCAACAAUUAUGCUGAUGAUGGUUAUUAUGAUUACGAUGAUGAAGAUUCAUUUCAAGAAAAGGUAAGAAAAUGGCGGGAGAAUCAUCAUCAUCAUCAUCAACAUCUCCAACGUCAACAGAAACAACAACAACAAAGAUCAAGAAUAGGAACACAAUAUCAAAGUAGAUACAAUGAUGAUCAAAAUAUUUGGUUAAAUAGUAAAAAAUCAACCAACAAUAAGGAUAAACAAUUAGAGGGAUCAUCAAGUGGAUUAGAUAAUGUAGCCAAAAAUCCUGAUCCAUUAUCGUCCAAUAAUAACAAAGACGAUAACGGUAAAGAUAAACCCGUUGAAUUUGACGAUGACAAUAAUAACAAUCGAUCAUCAAAAGAUGAUUCAUCUCCUGUAUCAUCUUCAUCUUCCUCAUCUUCAACCUCACCAUCAACUGAACGUAAAGAGAUAACUCCUGGUGAAGCGAAAGAUAUUGAAAGUUUACUCCAGAAAUCAGAAAUAAUCACUGGUCGCUCAUCAAUAUCUCCACCAUCAUCAUCAUCUUUACCCUCAUCACCACCCAAAACCCUACCAGUUGAGGUCUCCAGGCACACAAUAACCUCACCCAAUGGAGAUAUGACCGUGGUCACCGAGAUGGUCUAUAAGAACCCUUAUAAACCCACCCCACUUCCAGCCUAUUCUCAUCCACCAUAUUUACCCUCAAGUCGAGAUGGUUUAUAUUCACCAACAGAUGACCCCAGGCUACUUCAUCAUCAACCUUCACCUCUUUCACCUUCAACACCUUCAUUACCACCACCAUCAACCCCAUCUUUAGACACUUUUGGCCUUGGUAGGACGGCAACUUACCUUCCACCUCCAAGAUCAUCUCGAAAUCGUGACAUUAUGUCCACAACCCCUUGGACCAAUGGUCUAGGUAGAGUUCUGCCCACCCCACCAACACCCUUUAUUAGUUCAACUUUACCCACUCGAACAUCACCAGUAACACAAUCAUCUAAUAAAUCACCGACUAAACAAUUAACCAACAACAAUCAGAACAGUUCAUUAAACAAAAAAUCAUUCAAACAAUCAGAAUCUAAUUCAAUCUCAAAGCGACAUGAAAUCUCAGAGCGGAGUUUAAGUGCUGCCGCAAUCGCAGGUAUAAUAAUUGGAUCACUUGUAUUUUUGGCUCUUCUAGCAGGAGUUGCUUUGUUUAUCAUGUAUCGUCGUCCAACUUUACCAGGAACUACGAGGUUACGUCGAUCUACAGAAUGGGUUGAACCUCAGCCUAAUCAUGGCGGUGGAGUACCGAUAGGAGGUGGAGGUGGUAAUGGUGGUGUUAUCACUGUCUGUCCACCAUGUGAGGCCAUUCCCGUUAACACAGGUCACUUUUCUCGGACUCAACGGCCCAUGAAUAAGAUUUCGGUUUCUAACACACUGAAUAGAUCCAUCGAUGGCCUCCUCGUUGUCGGUGAUUGGACACUGGUCAGUCCUGGAAGUAAUUAUGAAACAUUGACUAAAAAAAGUUCACCAAACGGAUCUUGAAAGUAAAUCAUUCGU